AUGCUCUCUGCAUCCACGCAGCAGCCGUAGCCGUCAACAGGCCAGCCAAACGAUCAAGAUGUACAGCCGCCGAGUGACGCUCACCUUCCUCUGCCUGACCCUCGUGGUGGCCCUCGUGACGCAAGAGGCCCAGGCCAGCAAGCUCAAGAAGGUGGCUAAGUACGCGCUCAUCGGAGCCGCCCUGGCGCCAAGGGUCGUCCCCAUCCCGAUCCCGAUUGGUCACCACGCCCACUACGAGCCCCACUACGACCACGGCUGGCACGCUGGUCUGCACGGCAGUCACGGAUGGUGGUGAGAGAACCAGCGAGAGUGGUAACACCACACGGCAACAACAAAGUCAACUCCACUUAAGUUCCCGCUCCGUAC